CCCCCGCGCCGCCCGAGCGGGCUGUAGCGGGGCGGGGGGCGGAGGGAGAAGGGGGCGAUGCCCCGCGCCGAGCUCAGCCCGCCGCUGUGCUGAGCCGGCGGGGCUGGCCGGAGGCUGGAGAGCAGAACAUGGUGCUGGAGCCCCCCGUGACGCUCCCCGGGUGGCCAAGGGGCGGCUGGUGAGGAGCUGGAGCGCGGCGGAGAAGCGAGGCCACGGUGAGGGAGCCCCGAGGAUCCGGCUGGGGAGCCAUGGGGAGAUGCAACGGGCGAUGCACGCUGGUGGGAUUCUGCUGCCUGCAGCUGGUCGCGGCGCUGGAGAGGCAGAUCUUUGAUUUCCUGGGGUACCAGUGGGCCCCCAUCCUGGCGAACUUUUUACACAUCAUGGCCGUGAUUUUGGGAAUUUUUGGGACGAUCCAGUACAGAUCCAGAUACCUCAUGAUGUACGCGGUGUGGUUGGUGCUGUGGGUCGGCUGGAACGCCUUCAUCAUCUGCUUCUACCUGGAGGUCGGGCGCUUGUCACAGGACCGGGACUUCAUCAUGACCUUCAAUACCUCACUGCACCGCUCGUGGUGGAUGGAGAACGGCCCUGGCUGCCUGGUGACGCCGGUGCUCAACUCCAACCUGGCGCCCGAGGACCACCACGUCAUCACGGUCAGCGGCUGCCUGCUCGACUACCAGUACAUCGAGGUGGUGAGCAGCGCCACGCAGAUCUUCCUGGCGCUCUUCGGCUUCGUCUACGCCUGCUACGUCAGCAAAGUGUUCCUGGAGGAGGAGGACAGCUCUGGCAGAUGCUGGCAGCCCAGGCGGGCAGGGCUGUGCCACAGCCACCCGGAUGCGCUCCUUCCCCGGGAUCAGCAUCCCACCCAUGCCACGGCCCCACAGGUGGUCCCAGCCCAGCCCGGGGGUGCAGCAUCCCAUGUUUUCCCUCCUUUCCGUUGAAAAGAAGCAUCUCCGUGUGGAAUUGGCCGCUGCCUGCGGGAAUAUCUCGUUUUCAGAAGGGUUUAUCCAGCGCCGGCGGCUCGGGAGCGUGUUUGCAUUCCCACAAACUCCCGCAUCCAACACACUUUUAAUAUUAAUGCUGCCUCAGCCCGAGAUGCAAAUGCAUCUUUUUAAUGGAAUAUCUUAUUAGAGUUGGAAAUGGAUGGAAAUGGCGUCAAAACCGAGAGCUGGCGGAAUAUUAAACCGGGAAGGGAAAUAUUCCGGGAGAGGGGGGCUCUCCCCUGGAGCUCUCAGCUCUCGGACACGCACGGAUAACCCACCCCAGAGUGGGAUCCUGUUGGGUUUGGGGACUUGGGUGGUGCUGGAGAUCCUGGAAAGGGUGGAUUUCCCAUCUUGGCCGCACCUGGAGCCCAUCCCUGUGCUGGCUGUGCCGGGGAGCGGGGUCAGCUCUGGGGAAACACGGGAUGAUCUGGGAGAAGUUGGGUGCCCGCAGAACCCCCAGGGCACCCCCAGGGCACCCCCAGGGCACCCGCAGCCA